ACCCUGGAGCAGCCACGCAGGAUUAUUCAGGGAGGGACUAGCUCACCUGCUCCUCCCUCUGACUCAAGUCACAACAAGCAACCUGGUUCCCCGGGCCCAGCAGACUGGGAGGGACGCAGGCCAGGCGCUGGCAGACCAGUGUGUGCCGAGUGGGAGCAGGUCAGCGAGAGAGUGCCAGCAGGCCGCCCCGUGGCCUGGGAGACCCCGAGGUGGCAUGCGACACCCGCCGGCCCCCUGAGCUGGGAACAGGCUGUUUCCCGGACUCCUGGACUCACGCACCCAGGCAGCUGGGGGAACUCCAGGCCGCCCACACGUCCUGGCUCGGGCUGGGAACAGUGUCACCCCUUCCUGCUCUGUGCACCCUCCUCCCAGAAGUCCACCAUGGAGAGUAAGGAUGAAGUCAGCGACACCGACAGCGGAAUCAUCCUGCAGUCUGGCCCCGACAGCCCGGUGUCCCCGCUGAAGGAGCUGAAGGAGCUGAAGGAGGUGAAGGAGCUGACGUUCGCGGUGCGCAAGCAGCAGCAGGCGCUGGAGGAGAGGCUGGAGGCCUGCCUGGAGGAGCUGAGGGCGCUGUGCCUGCGGGAGGCGGAGCUGACGGGCGUCUUGCCAGCCGAGUACCCCCUCAAGCCAGGGGAGAAGGCCCCCAAGAUCCGCCGCAGGAUCGGGGCAGCUUACAAGCUGGACGAGAAGGCCUUGUCCAGAGAGGACCCCCUGAGCGGCCUGGAGCAGGAGCUGGCCCUGCAGCUGCAGAUAGCCGAGGCCGCCCGGCGCCUGAGCCGCGAGGAGAACCUGGGCCGGCAGGCCCGCCGGCAGCGGAAGCACGCGGUGCUGCAGGAGGAGAGGAAGCUGCAGGAGCUGGAGCGCUGCCUGGGCGAGCGGCGGCGGCACAGCGGGCCCGUGCCCCUGGGUCCCGGGCUGAGUGCCUCCGAUGACAGCUCCCUGUCGGAUGGGCUACUCCUGGAGGAAGAGGAGGCCCAGGUGUCAAAACCUCCCGCGGAGUCCUUGCCUCUCCCGCCCCAGAGCCUCGAGGGGCUGCAGCCAGCAGGACCUGAGACCGGGGGUCUGGACCGCGCCCCCAUCCAGAAUAGCCCCUGGAAGGAGACCAGCCUGGACCACCCCUACGAGAAGCCCAGGAAGUCUUCCGACCCCGACAGCGAGGGCAGCUCGGCCACCGUGCCGCAGGAGGCGCCCACUGCCUCCAGCCUGUGGCUGCUGGAGCCUGCUUCCUACCACGUGGUUCCCGUCCGCAGUGUCCCCAUCCAGCGGCAGGGCCGCACCAGUGCCCCCGCCACCCCCGAGACGCAGGGGAGGAGGGGCCUGUCGCAGUCUCUGAGGACGGACUCCUUCCGCGCGGGGCCCCGCCGCCGCCCCACGCACUACACGGUGACUGUGCCCAGCUCCUGCUGGACCCCGGCCGGGCCCCCACGGCCGCCCCACACUCCCAACUCCUGCUCGGAGGACAGCGGCUCGGACGGCUCCAGCGUGUCGCACGCCACCUCGCCAGGCAGCAGCAGCCCUGACAUCUGCGCUCUGCGGCCGCUGUCCCCGCCCGCGCUGCCGGGCCACCACGGGGCCUGGGGCCCCGCUGCUCCCCAUCCAGCGCUGAUGCUGCCCCCGGGGCCCUUCCCGGCUGGGCGGUACGUGCUGGUGGCCGAGGGCUGCCUGCCGCCCGGCGAGCUGGACCUGGUGGCCCGCGACGAGGAGGGGCUGGCCCUGCGGCUCCAGCAGCUGCAGCAGCUGCAGCAGCACGUGCGCCCCCGCGGCCGCCCAGCGCGCACGCCCUCGCUCAAGGACAGCCCCGCCGGCCGCGCGCUGUGCAGGGCGGCGGUGACCCAGGAGCUGCAGUCCUGGCACGAGCGCGCCCGCAUGCGCAGCGCGCGCCCCCACUCGCUGGACCGCCAGGGGGCCUUCCGCGUGCGCAGCCUGCCCCCCGGGCGGGCCCUGGGGCCCCGGACACAGGUGCCCACAGUGUGUGUGCUCCGGAGAUCGCCCGAGGGGGCACCUGUGCAAGUCUUUGUACCUGAGAACGGCGAGAUCAUCAGCCAGGUGUAACCAAGGCCAGGUGUACCCUGUGCCCCCAGGCCGCGGCUCGGCUGCCGGAAAAGACUGUUUCCUAGCGGGGCUGGGGCUCAGACUGCCCCCCCUCGAGUGCCUUCUGUGCAGCUCCCUUGCCCGCAUCGCAGGACGAUGACCUGGAGCUGAGACUUUUUUUUUUAAUACCAGUUUUUGUUGAGAAGUCCUGGUCUGAGGAUUUAUAUUUGUCGUUUGUCCUCAAGAUCCCUCUAAUAUGAUAAUGCUUUAUUCCUCGGAGGCUGGCGUGCUAGACCGGAGUCCCGGCCUGUCUGAGUGACAUUGUCUCCUUAUGCAAGACAUGUGGUAGAGAAUGCACCAGGAGGCAGCGAGGGCCAGUCGGGUCCUCAAAUGCUCAGCGCUCCGGUUCUGAGAACUGGCCUGGAGAACAGCUCGGCCUCCUGUCCCACUGCAGCUGGAGGCUGGCUGCGGCAUGUCUCUGCACCCCACUGCCCGUUUGCCAGCCCUCUGGGUACCGCACUGGGGUACCCCACCCCCCUUUACAAUGUGCUCUGUGAUGCACCGAUGUGGGUUAAAAGCCAGUGCGUCCUGGUGGAUUAUGGUCUUCCUGACCUGUGAAGCCUGUGGGGGGCCCCCCUCUCCACUCUCCAGGCUCUGUGGGCUCCCAGCUUCUCUGACCGCUGAGCCUUGAUGUGGAGGCUUCCCCAGAUUGAAGCAUCAUGAGGCCCGGCUGGGGGCCACCCUGUGGUGCUGGUGGCUGGAGAACAGCUCACCCUUUGACCACUUUCUCUGAUCAUCGCGAGAACUUGCAACGCCACCACUCCCUCUAACCUCUUUUCAUCAUAGUCCUAAAAGCCAACACCUUACAAAUAUUUUGGAAAGGCACCGGUUUUGUGGCUUGUUCUCAGAUGCAGGGGGCUCACGGCUCCUGCUCCCCUCCCAGCCAUCCCUCUGCUGUGAGACUGGGGUUCCUUGACAUACAGAUGGGAGCACCUGCCCUAAAGGACGCUAACCAGUUGUCCCAGCUGCCGUGACUUGAGCUGCCUGUGCUGCGUGAGACCAUGAGGUGGUGCCUGUGUUCUCAUCGCGGGGCCUUUGCUGCUGGUUAAACCCAGAUGGGGCUCCUGCUUCAAGUGGAGGCUGGGAGGGCCCGGGAGCGCUGAGGUCUGAUUUGGCUGGCACAGAGCCACCCUUUCCUGGACUCAGGCAGGGACUGGAAGUACCGCCGAAGGCUCCAAGGAUUCGAUGCCUGACCAACAGGCCCCUUCUCCCUCCUGGACAGAGCGGCGUUGCGGCUGCACGAGGGUGCCGCGGGAAGAGCCCAGGUGGCCUGUCGGGGGGAUCGGGGAGGAGGGGGAGGGGGCACCUGCACGUUCGAAUGUUCUGCUUUGGGUACUGUUCUUGUCCAGUUUGUCUUUCCCCAGUGUCCAGCCAUCUCCCUUCCCAGUGUCCUCCGGGGGGCUGAGCUGGGAGACAGCUGAGCACCCCCCACACCUGAGCGUCCUUUGUAUUAACUUAUUGGUCCCAUAUGAUGCCUGGUGCUGUUGCAGUGGCUAAUUCGGCUGCAAGGGCUGCACCUGUGGGUUCUAGUGCCAAAUACUUCAAUAAAGCUUGUUUGUGAUCAGCCGGGCUGACGGUAAAGGGUUCUUUUGUGCCACGAGGCUCUGCCCAGCCCUGAG